GCGACGAUUUUCCUUCUCAAAAUGUUUUUUACACACAGAAAUAAACAAUUUUACAAAGUUGUAAGAAAAUCGAAAGGGAGAGCGUUAUACUAAACAUUUACCGAAGUUAGAAGGAAACAAACUCUUUUUGCCUCUUGAUAGAAGUAGAGAAAGAUGAAAAUUAAAAGAGAAAAUGUACAAUAGAAAGAGAUAGAAAGAUGCCGCUUGGUAGCAAGUCGCGUGCAAGUCCGAGCGUGAACGGCGAGAGUCAAUGUUUUUGGCGCGCGAAAGUCCGAUCGUAGACGGCGAGAGUCAUUGUUUUUGGCGCGCGGAAGUCCGAUCUUGAACGGCGAGAGUCAUUGUUUUUGGCGCGCAGAACUUGUUGCUGGGCGCGCACAAACACAUAAUCAAUUUUGACUAACAACAUUUCAUCGAUGCUAGAUGGCUAGAUUACGAUACAUGUAAAUGUAUGCGUAUGUUAGAUGGCUAGAUUACGAUACAUGUAAAUGUAUGCGUAUGCUAGAUGGCUAGAUUGCGAUACAUGUAUAUGUAUGUGUAUGCGUAUAUGUAUAAAAACUCUAUAUGACUCUAUAUGAGUUUAUUUUUUUUGAAAUCGAUAUGUAUCGGGUCGGUAAUUGAGCAUGACUAGCUGUGCGGUGUAGCUUGAUUACUGUACAGGGAGGCCGCGUAAAUUUGUAUGGGCCCCGUGCGCGUGCGUGAUCAACCCGAGCUCCCAUAGAUCUUUUCAGCAGUGCUGGGGAUCGCAACGGAGAGUGGUGUGCGCGUACGGAUAGCCCUGCAGAGGCGCGUGGUUUCUCGCUUUGGGGUUGUUGUGAAUUGCAGUGCGUUCUAUAUAGCCUCAUAAGCAUUGUGUUUUUAUUUUAUCGCUGAAAGAAAUUUGGUGAUAGAAAUUAAAUUAUUAAAUGUCGAUAAGAAUGUUGGCUUAUCUUGUCAAAAGAGGAAUGCUAAUAUUCAAUUGAUAUUUAAAUCCCGAUAUAGAUGGAAGAAGAGACAGAAAAUCUUUCGGUGGAGAAAGAAGGCCAAGAUGCGCUGGUCAACUACGACAGCGAUAGCAGCAUUGUCACGGUAAUAGAAAGAGAAAGAAAUGGCGAGGAGACAGUAAGAAAAGAUAGAGAAGCAAAAGAUAAAAAGGAGGAGACGGAAAGAAGAGGUGCAAUCCCGAAAAAGAGCUUGCCUAAAGUCAGAGAGAAUAUAGAUGUGACCAAAGCAUGGGAAGAGAACCGUCCAGUACUGCCAAUUGGAACCAAAAUAUUAUAUGAAAAGCAAGAAAAAUUGGUCGCAAAAAUGGACAAUUCGAUGCAGAUGCUGGACAAAGUAAUAACGAAGGCCACCGAGAUGAUGGAGAAUAUGGUGGAAGUCUCCCGUUUAAACUUAGAGAAAGAAAAAGUUAAACUUAGACGUUUAGAGAACAAGAAAUGAGAUCUGCAUUGUAUCAAGCUGUGUCAAUUAAUGUACCAGAGCUGAGAAAUGUAGAUUUGAUUAAAAGACAAUUGAAUCUUAAAGAAAUGACGA